CACAGGGUAAUCCCAUCAGUCAUUUACCCAAGGCGUGGAGCUGCAGGCUGUCCUGGAGACUUCACUGCAAAUAGAGAAAGUAUUUUAGACAUUGGGACAGUGGUUUGUGUACGUAGACUUGCCUGAGACAUCACAGAUCCUAGGUGGCAAAGAUUAGAAGGACACAGUCCUGCACUUCUUGCCAGACAACAUUGGAUUACUUCAACUCUCACAUGGGUUCUCUUGUUUCUGCUACAGGACUGGAGAUUCCUGUGGAGAGUGUUAAAAAGAGGCACCAGCAGUGAGGCAGCCUGUCUCUCCCCAGUCAGAGCCCCCUGCCCCUGGGCAGGAUCUAUCUUUACAUCAGCCAUGCUGGAGCUUGGCUACCUCCACAGCAACCCGCAUCUCAUUAGAUUGGCAGUCAAAGAAGAGGCCAGACAGAUAUGCGUGCUGUUAAUAAAGAGAACCAUGGCUGGGCCGUCACUUCCCUGACAGGACAGACACACGCACGCACGCACACACACAGUCACAUCCCUCACUCGGACAAUGGGACAGGAGUAAAAAAAAAAGAGAUGGAGCUGCUCUUUGUGAAAGCAGCUGAUGCUGACUGUUUUUCUGGAGAGUAUAAGAAGUGUAGAGAUAUUUGUGGUGGUCCCAGACUUGGAGAGAGGCUGUGGAGAAGACAGAGAACAGGUCAGAACUCAGCUUGUUGUUACUUCCUUCAAGGGGGUAGCUCCAGAAAGAGCAGGAACGGCGGGGCAGUUUAACUGAGAGCGUGCUUACCCCAGAGGAGAACGUUUACUAGGUGAAGCAGAACGGAGCUCCUAUUCGUCACACAUCCAGUCAGCCAUUGUCGAGGCCCCCUCCAGAGACAACAGACUGCAGCCAGAGCACACUGCCACGCGGCCCCCGAGACAGCGACUAAAGAAUGCCUUCAACACCGUGACUGGCUCGGAAAUCAGUGGAGUUUACACUUUGCAGCUGGGAUUUGGACGUUAAAGACUCCACAGUGUCUGGGGUUGAACAGUGAUUUGACUGUUUAGUUGUGAGUUUUGUGUGUGUUCCCUUUGUAGUGCAGCAUGUGUAUGUCAGCCUGUGUGCUGGUUGUGUGCAUAUAGUAACUGUAUGCACACUUGGACUGCAUAUGUGUGCUUGACUGUGUUACAAAGUGAGUGACUGUCCCGCCAAAUGUGCCAGAGAUGGCUAGUAUGGCUGUUCAGCUCCUGGGCUUUUUUCUGGGUCUGCUGGGGUUUGUGGGUACUGUAGUUGCCACCGUGCUGCCACACUGGCGGCGAACAGCCUAUGUGGGCUCCAACAUCAUCACUGCCACCUUCUAUAUGAAGGGCCUGUGGAUGGAGUGCAUGUGGCACAGCACGGGCCUCUACCAGUGUGAGGUCCACCGAUCACUGCUGGCGCUGCCACCUGACCUACAGGCGGCGCGGGCACUGAUGGUCCUGUCCUGCUUCACCUCCGCCCUGGCAGCCGUGGUGGCCUCCGUGGGCAUGAAGUGUACUCGCUGUGCCCGGGGUUCGCCCACCAAGCACGUCCUCGCCCUCUGCGGAGGGGUCUGCUUCCUGUGCGCCGGGCUGCUCAGCCUCAUCACCGUCUCCUGGACGACCAACGACGUGAUCGUGGAGUUCUACAACCCCACGCUGCCCAGCGGGAUGAAGUAUGAGAUCGGCCUGGCUGUGUACCUGGGUUACGCGUCCUCCUGCAUGAGUCUGAUGGGGGGGGCAGUGCUUUGCUGGAACUCGGGGGGCGGCAGACCGAGGAACCCCCUCCUCGGCGACGCCAUCGCCGCCCCCCGCCCCCCCCCUGCACUGAGUAACAUAAACACCCCUGCACCCCCUUACAAGCCCCCCGCUGCGCUGAAAGGCAACCGCACACCCUCUCACACCUCCGCCUCCAGCAGUGGCUAUAGACUCAGUGACUAUGUCUGAUGAAGACCAAGUGUGCAGACCUUCAUAUUGACCUUGUCUGAGGGGGAAGGACACUGUCUGAGGACUUAAGUUACUUCAGACUGCCAUGACUCCAGCUUCAAUUACGUCUUUUUUAUGUCAAUAGAAUAGUACACACUUUUGGAAUUCCCUGACUUACCAAACAGUGAAGUGUUGUCACAGUGGAAAUAAGUGUGGGUGUCAUUGGCUAUCAAGACUAUAUGUUCUCAAAUUGACUCUGCUAAUUAAUUAAAAGUAAAAUGUUAUUGAGGUGUGUGUUAACUCUAAAUGUACAGAAUAUUCUGUUGACUAAAGUACCCCUUGUUAACAAAUACAUCGGUUGGUUAAUGUGUUUCAGUAA